UGGAAAGCGGCAGGUUAGGAGCAGGCUGCGGGAGGCAGAGAGAGCCCGCAGCUGCCGGAUGCGAAAAACAUGAAGCGAAAGGGUUGCGUGUGCCUGGCGCUCUCUCUCCUCCCCGGCUCUGCGGGGAACGGGCGGAACCGGUGGGUGAAGAGAGGCUUCCUCCUGGCCAUGUCCGUGGGCUGCAAGCCGGAGAAGAGGAAGAAGAAGGAGAGGGGGAGGCUCAGGCUAACGGCUCGCCCUGAAACUUUCCCCGAGGCCUCUGCGGCAGAGAUGGAGAAAAUAAGGGUACGAAAUUCCUGGGUGCCUACCUGCCUAUGGCAGCCUAGAAUACUCCAGGGCAGGCUCGCAAAAUCUUCACCUAGCCUCUGGGACAGCACGCUACAGGAACAGAAGGGGGAACUCUGUAAGCGUCUUUCUUACACAACUCACAAACUGGAAAUGCUUGAAACUGAAUUUGAUUCUACACGUCAAUAUCUUGAAGUAGAACUGAGACGCGCUCAGGAAGAACUAGAAAAAGUGACCGAAAAACUGAGACGGAUACAAAACAACUACCUAGCCUUACAAAGAAUUAAUCAAGACCUAGAAGAUAAAUUAUACAGGAUGGCUCAACACUAUGAAGAAGAAAAAAGAGCAUUAAGCCACGAAAUAAUAGCCCUCAAUAACCAUUUGAUAGAAGCCAAGGUGACAAUCGAUAAAUUAUCAGAAGAUAAUGAGCUCUAUAGAAAGGAUUGCAAUUUAGCUGCUCAGCUGCUCCAGUGUAGCAAGAAUUACGACAGGGCGCAUAAGCUUUCUGAGCUGCCAGCUGAAUUUCAGGAACGUGUCAGCCUCCACCUAGAAAAGCAUGGAUGCAGCCUCUCGGUACCUCUGUGUCAUACAUCAUUUGCCGAUAACAUACCAACUUGUGUCAUUGCAAAAGUCUUGGAAAAGCCUGAUCCAAACAAUCUUUCUCCCCACAUGUCAAGCCCAUCAAGCAGAGAUCUUGCCUUCCAGGAAUCUAUUGGAAAACUUGGCCAAAGACCUCAGUACAAGUCCGACAUUUACUGCAGUGAUACAGCUCUUUACUGCCCUGAGGAAAGAAGGCGGGAGAGAAGGCAGAGUGUAGACAUGCAAGUAAAAGGCGUUGGGUUCUUGAGGUCCCAAAAUUCCACUGACAGCACAGUUGAAGAAGAUGGCUUCCAUUCCAGCUUCUCUCAUGAAGCUUUUCCAGAAUAUGUUACCUCUCUACCUACUUCUAGUUCCUACUCCAGCUUUAGUGUAACGUCUGAGGAGAAGGAGAAUGCCCAAGCUAGCACUUUGACAGCCUCCCAGCAAGCCAUUUACCUGAGCAGCCGCGAUGAGAUGUUUGAAAGAAAGCCAUCUUCAGGUUAUGAGCAGGGGAGUCCAAGGUUUGCCAAGGCUAAAUCUAUUCAGCACAUGGAGCUGGCAGAUGACAAUGAGAAUUCCCCUACUUUCACUAGGACUAUGUCACCUUAUGCAAGCGAGCCUUAUCAUUUCUCGGCCAUAACAACUCAACAAGCUUUAGCAUCACAAAAGAUGCGCAGUGAAAGCAGGAACUCCCAUUUGUCAGAAGAAGAUCUACCUGGACAGUGGAGACAGCUUAGUGUGGAAGAUAUUGGUGCAUAUUCUUACAGGAACAGUGGCAGACUUUCUCCCUGCAGCUUUUCAGAGCAGUAUUACAGAAGUCCUAUAAAGAAAGGAGACAGUCGAUCAAGUCCCAUUUAUGCUAGUUACAAAGGUGAUAGCUUCUCAGAGGGAGAUGAUAUUUGUCAAAGUAGACUUGUGGACUCUUGCUUCCUGAGGACAGACAGUGGCCUGAAUAUUGACAUAAGUACCAGUUGUAAGCAGGACAAAUUGCCCUCUUAUAAAACAAAAGAACUGAGGGACAAAAAAAGUGAAAGAAUCACAGUCCAGGUGUGCAGUAGCAAAAGCAUUGAUGGGAGUCCUGUGUUGAAAAGAGAAUACGUCGAUGUUAGUCCAAACAGUUCAGCUGAGUCCCUCAACCAUAGUUCUAUGGAGGCUUCAGAGAUCCAUCAGUCUUCCAUCGAGCAAGGAAGCCAUUCAAGCCUCCAUAGCAAACAGCAGCAAUUUCAACGGACUGGAAGUACAGGCUUAAGUCGAAAGGACAGCCUCACAAAAGCACAAUUGUAUGGAACCCUACUUAAUUGAAACAUCUUCCAAAGCUGCAAUAAAGAGAUAGAAUGAGACAGAACAGCAACUAUAAUGACAUUUGACACGUCUAGUACCCUGUAGGUUUCUGAGAAUAUAUAUAUUAUAUAUGUAUAUGUAUAUGCAUAUACAUGUAUGUAUAUACACAUAUAUACAUAUACACAUACAUAUAUAUGUGUGCAUGUAUAUAUAGAGAGACACAGAGAGGAAACAUUCACAUACGAACAGUCACGGUACUGUUUUAAGCAGGAAAAAUGAUAAAACCUGAUAAAGGGAAAGAAAAAUAUUACAAGACACUUUUCACAUACAGUAAUGACUUUUCCAUCUUGGAUACCAACCCUUUGCCCACUUUUAUAACCUAAUAUAUUUUUAUAAACAAAAUGGUAUUUAUUAGAUUAUCCUUAGUACUCUCAAGCACUUUGAGUGACAUUUUUUGUCCCCUUCAAGUAAGUUUCUUAUUUAUUUUUUGUGCAUGAGGCCACAUGUGCCUAAAUUCUUGGAGGGAAAGGGUUAAAAGAGAAAGAGGGAGCAAGGGAGAAAAAGAAGGGAAAAACUUUUGCAAGGACAAAUCAGACCCUAUAAGAUUUUAAAACGUAGAUUAUGUGCAGUGCAAGAUAUACAAGAAUGUGAUAUUAUAAAGAAAUCUAUUUUUAAAUGAAAUGGAAUCAAAACAAACCACAAAGUUAUUUAAUACAUAUGUAUUUAGGAGAGGAAAAAAAAACUGGGGGGAAAUGAAUGCACAAAGCGAUACAGAUAUUUUGGUUUGUCUGUCCCAUUGUGUUUCAACUUCCCCACACUGUACACUACCUCAAAAUUAAUUGAGGGGUUCUUUGGUCACUUAUUUUUCUGUAAGCUUGCAUUUAUAUCGUCUCAACUGCAUGGAGUGUCACAACUAGUACUGUAUUUUGCAUUACUUAAUAAAAGGCACCAGUGAAAAUGUUUUGAUUUUUUUCUCAUUAAAAGAUGUUCUGACA